AGGCGAGUGGCGAGCAGCUGGGGGCGGCGCGGGGGCGGGGCGGCCGCGCAGGCGUUGGCAGCGGGCUGGGACCCACGCGGCGCCGCGGCCCCCUGGCCUGCAGCGCUCCCACCCCGGCGGCGGCGGCACGAUGCCCUUUGACUUCAGGAGGUUUGACAUCUACAGGAAGGUGCCGAAGGACCUUACACAGCCAACGUACACCGGGGCCAUUAUCUCCAUCUGCUGCUGCCUCUUCAUCCUCUUCCUCUUCCUUUCAGAACUCACUGGAUUCAUCACGACAGAAGUUGUGAACGAGCUCUAUGUUGAUGACCCAGAUAAAGACAGCGGGGGCAAAAUUGACGUCAGUCUGAACAUCAGUUUACCCAAUUUGCACUGCGAAUUGGUUGGGCUCGACAUACAGGAUGAAAUGGGCAGGCAUGAGGUCGGCCACAUUGACAAUUCGAUGAAGAUCCCGCUGAACAAUGGUGCAGGCUGCCGCUUUGAGGGCCAAUUCAGUAUCAACAAGGUCCCCGGCAAUUUCCAUGUGUCCACACACAGUGCCACAGCCCAGCCACAGAACCCAGACAUGACACACAUCAUCCACAAGCUGUCCUUUGGGGACACACUCCAGGUCCAGAAUGUCCAUGGAGCUUUCAACGCUCUCGGAGGAGCAGACAGACUCACCUCCAACCCCCUCGCCUCCCAUGACUACAUCCUGAAGAUCGUGCCAACGGUUUACGAAGACAAGAGCGGCAAGCAGCGCUACUCCUACCAGUACACCGUGGCCAACAAGGAGUACGUCGCCUACAGUCACACGGGCCGCAUCAUCCCGGCCAUCUGGUUCCGCUAUGACCUCAGCCCCAUCACGGUGAAGUAUACGGAAAGAAGGCAGCCGCUGUACAGGUUCAUCACCACGAUCUGUGCCAUCAUUGGUGGGACCUUCACCGUCGCCGGCAUUCUGGACUCAUGCAUCUUCACAGCUUCCGAGGCCUGGAAAAAGAUCCAGCUGGGCAAGAUGCAUUGACAUCCUGCCUGAUCCACUGGCCAAGGGUCAGGGAGACCACCAGCUCUGCCUCCAGCACCCUGUCUCUCUGGCCCAGGAUCUGGCUGCAUCCCAAAGUGUGUGUGGGAGGUGGGGGGAAGGUAGGAGGUGGUUCCAGGCUCUGUAGCUACCUCUCUUCCCCAUGUUUAAUGUUAGAUAAAUAACACUGGCUGGAGUGGUGAUAUUCCUUUCCUCAGGAGCUCCAAAAUGACAGGCAAGGGGUCUCUGCUCUAGGAAUGUUGGGGACCAUUCCUGAAAGGGCUACAGUCCCUUCCUUCUUAGGGAAUAGCCCAGAAUCCUUAUUGACCAGCUGUCAGCCAGGCUUUGACAAUCCUGCAGUGUUUCCCCAACCCCAUUUGGACACACUAAUCACUUGCUUUCCCCUCUGGGCAGUCAGUCUGGACUCUGGGACCAGGCUGCCCAAAGGUUCUGAUGCCUGGAGCCUUCAGUGUAACCUUCCCGUACAAGCCCCUGAGGUUUGACAUUGUCGCCAGAGUGCUCCGUUCCACCGAAUCUGUCCCUGGCCAGGCCUCAUCCCUUAUCCCUCCCUCUGUCUAGUGAUUCCAAGAAGCAGGUGCCCAGUUGCUCGGGUAGUCUGCCUACUGAUGACAGGGUGGGUCACAGAUUCCUCUCUCGCUCUUGUUCUUCUGAACACCCGCACCAGUGUGCCUCAGCUGCUGUGCUGUGUGGCACUGACAUUUCUUGGUGGAAAGGAAGGCUCCGAUGGGAACUACUGAGGCAGGAAGCGGAAGCCAUAUGACUGGGAAGUCAUCUUUAGAGAACCAGAUAGAUGUGGCUUGUCUGCUUAUGUCCACAAGGGAAGUCUCCUUCCCUGUAACCCACCAGUAGUCCUGUCUCAGCCUCUUCUGGACAGCCAGCAUUGGUUCUAAGGAUGUAGCUGGGGGAACGAAAGAGAGUCAGCCCUUCUUCACCCUUCAGGCCUCCCGCUCUGAGGCUGCCCUUGCAGAGAUGCCCAGCUCUUGUAUCUCUGCAGCCCAGUAUGGCCCAGGUGCCGUUGAGUUCCCCUGCUGGCUGGCCACCCACAUUCCUAGCCCUGGGGUGGUGGACCCCAGUGUCUCCCCACUUGCUGCUGAGGGGGGUUCCUACCCCACUGCUCUCUCUCUCUCUCAUUCUUCCCUUUGUGUCCUGAAAGGGAAGGGCAGUGGUCGCGGCAAGAAUUCCAGCCAGGGAAUUUUAGCUAUGCUCUCUUGUCCCAGGGAGAGGGCCCUGCCCAUUUUUCAUUUAUAUCAAGAUUGUUUGCAUACUUUUGUAAUGAGGGGGAGUUUCCAGUAGAAGGAUUUUUUAAAUUAUCUAUAUAUGAUAGCUCAAGUCUCUGCCACUUGUAGAUCUUGGCUCUGAUUCCAAUUAGCAAAGCUGUCCCUUUUGCAUAUGAGUUGACUAAUGUGUGUAAAACUGCCAUUGGUUAUUUCUGGUAUCUGUGGCCACUUGGAUGGAUUUUUUAAAAUUCUGUUCCCCAGUUACCAAAAGGAGUCUGUUUGGUGUGUGAAUAUGUGCACCUGUACAGGAUGACAGGGUGGGGUGGGGGUGGAAAAUGUAUGGCAUGCACAUGAGUUGAAAUCCUACUUUUAUGCAU